CCAACGCAGAUCGUAGUAACAUCCAAAAAUUUCAGAACUGUCUUGCAUUGGCAGUACCCACCUAUGUCUGAAACUCCUCAUUUUAUUGUGGAAAUCAAACCUUACAAUUUAGGUCGCUAUAAGAUCGUCUCAACUUGUGUGAACAUUUCAGCUCAUUUUUGUGAUCUCUCAAGGGAAAUACACGAGCUUUUUGCCUCUCACUGGCUUCGAGUUAAAGCUGUUGUUGGGUCACAACAGUCUGAGUAUGUUGAGACAAAUGAGUUUAUUUUGCAAAAGCAUGGAAAAAUAGGACCACCAAAACUGAAUCUCUCAAGGCACGGUGAUAAAAUCAUGGUUGAUAUUUACCAUCCUGCAUUCCCAUCUGUGAAGUUUCUUCCUUGGAUCAGAGACAUUUAUUCAGACCUCAUGUACUUGGUGACAUUUUGGGAUAGUAAAAAUCAGAGUAAAGAAGAGUUCCCUGAAGACAACUGUACGCUGUAUAAAUGUAGCCUUAACAUCCCAGUUCCUGCUGAAGGUUCCACUUACUGUGUUUCAGCAAAGGGAAGUUUAUAUGGCGAUUUGAUGAUUGGCGCCUCAUCAGAAGAAAGCUGCAUUCAUGUUCCACUCAAGCAGACAUUGAGCACACAAGUUGUCAUCAUUCUGUGUAGUGUUAUUCUGAGUGUGAGUCUAAUUUUGGUAGUAUGCUGUGGCUGCAAGAAACUAAGGAAGAAGAACAUAAAGCUGCCUAAGUCUUUGGUCAGUGUGAUAAGAAACCUGAACACAGACAGCAUUCCAGAGUCAAAAUCAGAGGUGAAAUACGUAUCUGUAAUAAGCAUCAUGCCAGGCCAGUCAGUGUCGCCAACGAAUGAUGCAGUAACCUCGCUGGAGGUAGAGCCAAAAGAAGAAACUGUUGGUCUUAAGAAUUCCAGUGAAGGAGCAUCUUCUGUUCCUCCCCCAGAGGCACCAGCCAAAGCAGAAGAGGUAUCUGUGCAGGAAAGCACAGAGGAGGUAUCUUCUGAUGAUGAACAGAAUCACAAAGUAAAAGAGAGUUAUUUCAUUUCUGACAGUAACCAAAUGGAUAUAUGCAGUAACUCUUCAGGCACAGAGGUUUCUGCCACAGAAAUACAACAAACAGUCAUUCCAAGCAGCUGUCUCAAGUUUCCUGGCUAUGACAAGCCUCACGUGCCGUUAGAUAUGUUGAUAGAUGUUGGUGAAGAACAGCCUGUGAUUGCUUACAGGCCGACUGACUAACCAGGAUAGCUGAAAUGUUUAACCAGAACUCGGGAAGAACAGCAUUACUGAAGAUUAUGGAAAGUCUGUGUUAUAUUACGAACAUCUGCAAGUUGUACUUGUUCUGACCUAACCAAAGUAACCAAUACACAACUUAGUACAGUGGGAUCCUGAAAUGGGACUGAAAGUAGUGCCUGAGAACAGCAUGAAAAGUCAGGGGAAAUUUCAUAAUAACCAUUUUUAGAAGUGUUUGUGUGUAUGACAUAACUCACUAUUUCCUAUUUGAAAUAGCACUCUGGUUUUUUAACAGUACUCUAUGGAGAACAGACUUCAUGAAGGAGUAUAAAACAGCAGCUGUAUCAUUAUUCCCUUCUGUUUCAAAUCCUUUUCAAAAUUAAUUCGAUUAACAUAAUGCUUAAAAAGUCCUUCACUUGGUUGCGUUAGAGAUGUGCAAGAAAUAUUUGAGAGUUUUUGCCUUUAUUGGAGGUAUUCUCUUGCUUGUCUUGUUUUCUUGAAGAGUAUUUUUAUAUUAAACAAAAUGCUACUAUUUCUUUUAAGUAAGAAUAUGCCUAUAACCUUUUCCUGCAUGUCUUAAGAAUUUGAUUCCAUGGCCAAGAACCAGUUAUUUAUAGUCUUUUCUGCAACUAGAAGUAUGUACUUCCAGGACCAUUACUUUGUACAUUUUAGUGUAUAAAGGCUUCUUCCUUUGUAACAUAAAUCCUGUUAUGGCUUAUAGCUUAAAAAAAAGCUAUUUUUAAAAGUGCUCUCACUUGUGUAUAGCUGCAUCCGUUUGGAUCACCUAGAUACGUUGUGUAACCAUGUCACAUUCUGGAUAACUUCUGUAUUAGCAUGCUGGCUGAUCGUCAUUGGAAAAAAAAUGCGUGUAAUGAGUGGUUGCACAAAUUCUUUAGAAAAUGGUUUCAAAAUUCAAAAGCCUGCUUUCCUCCAGAGCAUUUUUAUCCUAAUUCUUAGAACAAUAUGAUUUUUUUAAUAGAAAUCAACAGGACUUCUUCCAAACGUUGUCUAGCAGGUUGAAAAUGACUACCAUUUUUCCCCUUUUUAUGACAUAACUGAGGAACUACACCAAAUUACCUCCCUCUAAAAACACAUCUCAAGACAAUAGAAAAGUAGUGUGGUAAGUUGUAGUUCGUAAGUUAUUGUCAUCUGACAGCCCUCUGAAUUUUGUAGCAUGAGAUUAUUGUUUUGAAAACUGAAGGAUGAAGAUUUUUUUUUUUUAUAUUUAAAACCUUUGAAGUCUAAUGCCUGCAAUCCAGUUAUUUCCCUGCAGUCAAAUGCGUAUUUUCUGUUUGUCGGAAAUUUUUACAAUAGUUCUUAAUGAAGCUUAGUUCAGAAAAAAAGGAUGUUUUACAGACACAAGUUGGUGCAUUUAUACAAAAUUAUGUCUAUUUUAAAAGAUAUUUUUUGUAGGGUUAUCGUAAAUGUUUGCAUGUUAUAGCAGGUGGUUUUAAAGGAAAACCAGUAUCAUAGUACUUCUGUCCUUAACAUUUCUCGGUGGCAUGAGUAUUCUUAAGAUAGUUUUUCUGGACCGCUUCCAUUCCCACAGAUACCAGACAUUAACCACAAUGGUACAUACUAAAUUCCCAAGGAUUUAAAGACAAUAGCCAUUUUCCCCUUCUCUACUCACGGGAAGAUAACAGAUCCUGUUAGCAGGGUUUUCAUAAUUUUAGGAAGAGCCAAAUCAAACAGUUGAAUUUUGUAGUUCUGGUGUAAUGGUGUUGUGGUUUAACCCAGCAGGCAGCUAAACACCACACAGCUGUUU